AUGCCUGAAAAGAUCAUCCAUAUUUUAAUGCUCGGAGCUGAUUACUAUGGCAAGCUAGCCAUUACAUUACGGUUCGUUAAAGGGAGUGACGAUGAAAUGAUUCCAACACUUGAAGACACUUUUCAGAAAAACAUUUCUGUUGAUGGUGAAACUUUUGUUUGCGAAACCACCGUUACACCUAAUGGGGAAGACGCGGAGGCAUUAAUAUUACAUUUAAUUAAACAAAGCGAUGCCUUCGGAAUCGUUUAUUCAGUUGAUGACAAGUUUACUUUCGAUUACAUUAGUAAGCUUUAUGACGAUAUCGUCCGCAUAAAGAAGACUAAGAAUCCACCAUGUGUCAUAUUUGCAAACAAAUGCGAACUUCCAGCACCACAUGCCGUCCCAAUUGAAGAUGCUAAAGCAAAAUCUUCUAGAUCAUGGAACAACACUGAAAUUAUUGAAGUUUCAAAAAAUCAAAAUGAUAACAUUAACAAAGGCUUCGAAAAAAUCUGUCGCCUUGCUUUGAAACAGAAUAAUUCUAAGGAUUCUAGUAAUGGAUAUUGCGAAAUUCUAUAA